UAUACACACCACACACACACACACACACACAUACAGUUGUACACAUAGCAGGCGUGGGUGACAGCAUUCGCUUAUCUAAAGCUGAAAUGUCAAAUCCACAGAGGCUUGUUUCAUCAGACUGUCGCUGUAGGGAGAAUCAGACAAUGCAGACACCCACUGAGUAGACUUUGUGACGAUUUGAACAGGUGUGUGUUUUGAGCCAAGCGAUGAGAGGAUGAGAGUGAGGCAGAUCUGAGUUGAGUGGGUGAGAGUGAGAGAGCGCAAGUGAGAUAAGUGUGUGACCCACAGACAGACUGCAAGAGCUCUGUUUCUGUCUGUAAACUGUUUGUGUGUGUUUGCGUGUGUGUCAGCUGGCACGCUGACGGGCACUGAGGGCAGGCUGGGCACGGUGGCAGGAGCCGGUGCAUGGCUGUGGGGGGGUCGUGUGGCGUGCGCUCCUCAUCAGCGAGAGAGCCGCUGGGGGUCAGGCUUUGGCUGGGCUCGGACACAGAGGCCCUGGGGGCCCAGCGGGGGGUCAGGUGAGCGGUGUUCCCGAAUGGCAUCAGGGGGCAUGCGCUGCUCUCUGCGCUUGUGGGUGCUGCUGGCAUCGUUGGCCCUCCUCUUCCUCACCUCCCUGCUCUUUUCACUCUCACUGAGGGGAGGCCCUGGCUUGUCCUACCUGGAGUCUCCUGGGUGGGAAGAGUCAAGGAAGGUGAAGCUGGUGCCUAACUACGCCAGCUCCCACAAGCUGGUUUCCGCCGAGGGCAGCCAGCAGAAGACAUGUGCCUGUAAACGCUGCGUGGGCGACCCGAGCGUCUCAGAUUGGUUUGAUGAGAAUUAUGAGCCAGACAUCUCACCCGUGUGGACGCGGGACAACAUCCAGCUGCCUUCAGAUGUCUACUACUGGUGGGUGAUGUUGCAGCCUCAGUUUAAGCCUCACAGUAUCCAACAGGUGCUGCUGAGGCUCUUCCAGGUGAUCCCCGGACACUCGCCGUAUGGCUCGUGGGACCCAGCGCGCUGCCUGCGCUGUGCUGUGGUGGGCAACUCAGGCAACCUACGUGGGGUAGGCUAUGGCUCGGUGAUCGACAGCCACACCUACAUCAUGAGAAUAAACCUGGCCCCCACUGUGGGCUAUGAAGAGGACGUGGGCAGUCACACCACCCACCAUUUCAUGUACCCAGAAAGUGCCAAGAACCUGGCUGCCAACGUCAGCUUCGUUCUGGUGCCCUUCAAGACUCUGGACCUGCUGUGGAUCACCAGCGCCCUCUCUACUGGCCAAAUCCGCUUUACCUAUGCUCCAGUAAAGCAGUUUCUGCGCGUGGACAAGGACAAGGUUCAGAUCUUCAAUCCGGCAUUUUUCAAGUACAUCCAUGACCGCUGGACACGACACCACGGCCGCUACCCCUCUACAGGCAUGCUGGUGCUCUUCUUUGCCCUGCAUGUGUGUGAUGAGGUGAAUGUAUUCGGCUUCGGGGCAGACGGCCGGGGGAACUGGCACCACUACUGGGAGCAGAACCGCUACUCUGGAGAGUUCCGUAAAACAGGUGUACAUGACGCAGAUUACGAGGCCAAGAUAAUAGAGCGCCUGGCCAAAGCUGGCAAGAUCACUGUCUUUCCUGGGAAGUGACAACCUAUCGCAGGCAUGGAGAGAAGGAGCCCUCCACAAGCCCUUCUCCUGUGCUCUUUCCUUCAUAUUUAUAUGCUGCGACUGCAAGUGGUGUCGGAUCCUGAGAGAUGAACCCCUUUUGUUGGUUGUUAUUUCCAGGCCUACACCAACCUGGAACUGAACGAAUGAAGAACACUGAUAUUGACAUUCUCCUUAUCUAGUAACAGUGUUUUUAUAGUACUGCUAAACUUCACACAAGAAAGUAUCUAACUGACCUUGAUGGUCCUCAAUCAGCCGAUUAAUUCCCGCCUCUUGCGUGAGCUCAGCCAACGAUCAACAUAAUGAGUUCAAUGACUUUAUAGUUUAUGAGAUUAAUUACUGGCUUGAGCAGAUCCGGACUGUGUGUUAAUCAUGCCACGCUGCAUGAUCACUGCAAGUGCCAGUUUACAUGCUCUUACGGAGAAACGGAGCAUUUUUAUGUCGUGUUAAAUCUUUUAUGGUUAAAUUUGAUCACGUUGACUCUGCAUCACUGUGCUCUCACAGCCGUUCAAACAGAUGUUAGUCACUAUCAUCAUGUGUUUAAUUAUUUUAACGAGUAAUUACCACAAACAGCUGAUUGUAAAGUGAAACGCUCAGCGCCUUCAGAUUAUUCGUUAAACAGAAACUUAUUUACUCCAACGUACCAAUCAGUGUUUAGACGUAUAUUUGUAAAGCACAUUUUAAGCAGUGUUACUCGUUUUCGUAUUGUCUGCAGAGGUCAAGCUGAAAUGUCUCUUUAUUAGAGUCAGUCUGUUUAAGGACAAAGAUAAUGAAGUGUUAUCUGCACACCAGGAACAAAAAUGUACUUUCUAUGAUCACUGAGGAAGUUCUCGCUAGAUGGUUUGAAGAUUGGUGACAUCAGCGUGUGCCACAUUACUUG